AUGAGUCGCCAGAUGUUAUUUUGUGGUUGUAUAAAAAAGGGUUGCCGACACCGAAAGGAGUUCCCGGGCGGUCCCCCACCCCAGUACUAUCCCGGCCUAGCGCCGCUUGACUUCGGAGUUCGGAUGGGAUCCGGCUGGGUAAAGGCAUGGGUAAAGCAUAUUUGCUCUAAAUAUAUACGGCCGGAGGCUUUUUACAGACUUCCCGAAGCAGACCAGAUCUCGUAUUGGCAACCAACACUCUCACGGCAUGUAAGCGAUGGCCUAAUUCAGCUAGAGAAAGCCGAGGCAGAAGCAGCAGGGGGACAAAAAGAUGCAAAAUGCACGAAACCCUACCGCAGCAUCAUGCUGCGCGCUAUAUUGCUUACCUUCUGGCGACGAAUACUCUUGACAAUAUUAGUCAUGAUCAUGAUGACCGCCACCACUGCCGGAACUGUCAUGUUGCUGAAACACCUUAUGACUCUUCUGUCGCAAAAGUAUAUUAAUUGGUUGCAGAUUGUGCUAUUUGUCCUGGCGAUUGUAGGUAUCGAAAUCUUUAAUACAUUCCUAGAUCAGCAUGCCAACCUUUACAAUGUGCGCUUGCAAAAUAUCAUGGAAGCUUCGAUCUCAAUCACACUGUUUCAACAUGGAUUUUGUCAUCGUAGGGAUUUUCCAAAUCUAAUGGCCGCAUAUGGAGUCAGGCAAGGGUGUAAAGGAACACUUCAUUCGGGGACUCCGAUGAAUGACGGAGAUUGUGAGAUGUUGGCGUGCCCAGCCAGAAGGCAUCAAAACAAUGAACUGCCUCCGAGCAUGUAUACCUUUAUGUUCGUCGAUACGUUCUAUAUAGUAUCGCUUGUCGAUGCUACCGUUAUGCUUGUGCGCUUCGUCUCCAAUAUGACCCUAGGAAUGGUCCUUAUACAUACCCAAAUAGGUAUGAGUGUAUUCUAUCCCAUGAUUAUCAUCUUAGGAAUCAUUUUGGUCAUGAUUCUAGUUGAAGUGGUAAACGGUUGUAACAUUAUACACGCACUGCAAUCCAAGGACGAUAGACUUUCAAAAAGCUCUGAUGUGGUUGGCUCUUUGAAACUAUUGGAGAUGGUUGGGCUAGAAGAUAUAGGUUACAACGUUGUGCAAAACAGCAGAAGUGAUGAACUCGUUGUGCUAAGGUCCAGGUUGUUGCUUUUCUCAAUCAACCGCUCGUUAAUGAGGCUCAUAGGGGCAAUCGUCUACCUUGCGGUCAUCCUUGAUUUCAUUAGAAACAUAAAGGCGGCAGGAAGCGAUCUCAUUUUUGACGUCUCAGUCCCAAUAACACUCCUCUAUAUCGUGAAUACCGUUGUUGGAUCAUUCGACCACUUGCUGAAAAGUUUGAAGGUUAUAGUAGAGGGCGUGGCAGCAACACGUAGGGUAGAAACAUACGUAAGAACAUGCUCUCCCAAUUUCUACUUAACAAACCGUAACAGUGUCACUGGAAUUGUUAGGGAAUCGUUGUUGCUUAAUCUGCCAAAGAAGGAUGCCACAAUGGAUAAAAAUACUCUGGUAGUGUUUAAAGACGCAUCUUUCUGUUGGAUUAACAAGCGGGAAGACGCUUUAAAACCAAGAGGGGAGGAGUCUCCUAUGUUCACAAGUGUUAAUUUUGAACUUAGAAGGGGCGAUAUAACGAUAAUCACGGGUAACCAAGGUUGUGGUAAGACAAGUUUCCUCAAGGCUGUGCUUGGAGAGAUGAGUUUGGUUUCUGGUAGCAUGGCAGUGGCGCCUUUAUCUGCGGGAAUGCCCAUAUUCUACAGUUCACAAGAUGUAUGGCUACCUAGAGGCACCAUUCGUUCUAUCAUUACCUUCGGCCAUCAAUAUGACGAAGAGGUAUACAGCCAAGUGGUGCGUUCAGCGGAGCUUGAUACAGAUUUCAAGCAAUGGGCCGAUGGUGAUAUGCGCAAGGUUUCGGAGCAAGGUUUUUCAUUGAGUGGUGGGCAACGUGUAAGGAUCAGCCUUGCACGUGCUCUCUACGCAUAUGUGAUGUACAGCAAGGCAAAUGAAAAAAUGGAGGAUAGGUGCUGUUUCCUGGUCUGUCUAGACGAGCCGUUCAACGGUUUAGAUCCAAAUGUGACUCUAUCGAUAUUCAACAAUCUAUUCGACAAAGAUACGGGCCUCUUAAUACGGGACGAUGUUGCUGUUGUAAUGACGUUUUCUAAAAGUGUAGUAACAUUAUGCAGUGCACCAGAAGCCUUGGUGAACACGGCUGCUAUUUAUAUUCAGCACAUAACUGGAGACCGAUUAUGCAAUAAGGUGGCUAUGGGUAAGGAAACAGCUAUCACUCCGAAACCAACCCAGCUGUUGGAUGGUGUCAACGUGGAUGGGCCGGAGACCUUGGGGCGGCAUGAUAGUUUGAUGUUAUCUCAUAAUUUUCUCUCCGCGCAUGUCGAUGCUGAUGAAUCCAUUGAAUCUGCGGAGAUUGGCACGGAAUAUGAAGAAGAGCUUGCUUCGGUGCAGUGUGAAGAACAAAACAAAAAAUGUUGGACUUGGCCAGCGUAUAAAACUUAUAUUUCCGCAAUGGGUACUUUCUAUAUCAUUGCAGUCGUCGUUACUUUGACUGCGGCAGUGACCCUUGACAAAGUUUUCGGCAUUUUGGUGGCUAAUUGGUCCGAUUCUAUCAAGAGCUUAGAAGGUCGUGUUGACGACAUGAAGGGCGAUUUAAUAUUGGAGAAACACGAAGGGGUAGCCCGAGAUAUGGGAAUUUUGGUACCUUGCUUUGUGGCUCUAGUUUUUGUUGGUAUGUUCAUAGCUGUGUUUGCGAAUGUGCGUGCUUCAAGGAAAAUUCAUGAAUUUAUAAUGAAUUCCAUUUUUCACAAGACGGCUAGUGAAUUGAAGCUCAAGGAUUCUUUGGCGAGGAUUGUUACUUUUCUUUCUUCUGAUAUAUAUUAUAUCGACGAACAUGUAGGUCGUUUCAUUGUUGCUACUUUGUUUGCGUUUCUCAACAUAUGUACGCAAUUCAUGACGAUUUGCUAUGCUAUUCCAAUUAUCUCGCCAAUUCCGGUAGCAAUGGUUAUUCUUUUAUAUGUAUUCGUUGUGAGGAAUUACCUUGUGGCUUCGAAGAAGCUUCAAUGGGUGAUGUUAGAAGCCAACAAUUCCAUUAACGCAGUUUAUGGAGAUGUCAUUUCGGGAUCCGACAUCUACAGAAGUUUCCGGAAAGAACAUUUGUGCAUUAAAAGGGUGUGCACAAAUUCGGAGAAUUACUUUGGUAUCAAAUUUCUUAAAGUAGCGCUUACCACAUGGGCGAUGCUGACAUGCAAGUUACUCAUAGUAUUCAUGAUUUUAUGCGCCUCUUUCAUACCUGCAAUAUACGGAUAUAUCAGAGGUGAUGAGUUGAAGGUGGCUCAAAUAGGGCUUGGUAUCUCGUAUUCCUUAGGACUGAACGUCCUGCUAAAUGCGUUCAUUCUCAACUUUUCACUGUUGGAGAAACAAAUGUGCUCCAUGGUACGCUUCAAAGAAUACUUCCUCCAGGGCAAAGCUUCCCUGGGGGAUGUAUUUGACAGAAUGGUCGAGACGGUAAUGGUCACCAGCUCUUUUUCGGAAUACCUUGGCGAUAACCAAAAGCGUUGGGGUGGAUUGGUACGGCGACGUAAGGCCGAGUACCGAAACUUCAUGUUCAGGAGGUAUACAUCACUGUUCACCACGUACUUUUAUCGGCCUAAGUUAGAAUUUUUGGAUUCUGCUUUCUACUUCCCCGGGGACCACAGCACCUUGGAGUUGAGAGGUGUCUCGGUCACGGUCGAGUCGAACGAUGAGUCAAAUGGAGGAGCUCAUAUCUUGAAGAAUGUGAACGCCACCGCUUCUGUAGGUGACAUUAUAGGUAUCGUUGGUCGGACUGGUGCUGGUAAAACCACCUUAUUGGGUACACUUCGAAAUAUUGGUCCCCGUCGGGAGGGAUCGGUUUUACUCGACGGUCGUGAUCUGAGCUCGAUCCCACGCAGUGUUUUACGUCAUGUGGUGGGCGUUCUGCCACAAACACCCUUUAUUUUCAAAGGUUGGACUCUGCGUCGGUUCCUUGAUCCUCGCAUGUUAUACUCUGACGACGAAAUCAUAAACGCAUUGGAGUGCUGUGGACUCCAAGAGCUGGUAAAAACUAUCUCUGGGGGCAAUCCAUUAGACAAUGUACUGGUAGCUGAGAAUGUAAGGGCCGCAAGGGGUUUGUAUCUGUUACCACCGUUGUUGCGUUUGAAGCGUGGGAGAUGCAGCGGCGAUACUGGGGAAUUAAAGCACGUUGACACUUCAGGAGAGGGAACAAACAACAAGACAGGUUUUUCUCCGAACCAGUUACGUCACUUGUCGUUUGCUCGACUUGUGCUUUACCGCAAGACCUACCGCAUAUUGCUAAUCGACGAGCCGCCGGCGGAAAAUUGCGUUGAUGAGGAUAUGGACGUUUUGGACACCGCUCAUGAAAGCCAUGAAGAUGUUGGUCUGCCGAUCUAUGACCUAGUGAAAAUGUACUUCCGUCAUUGCACGACGUUUAUAGUGGCACAUAACAAGAAUGCGCUGAGGGCCUGCACUUCCGUCUGGGUCAUGAGCAACGGCAUGCUAGUCAGGGAAUGUCCAGCAGCGGAAUUCAUGGCUAACGGCCGCGCUAUGAUGGAAAAUAUGGACCUUUAUCUGUCGAAGAUGUUAUUUUGUGGUUGUAUAAAAAAGGGUUGCCGACACCGAAAGGAGUUCCCGGGCGGUCCCCCACCCCAGUACUAUCCCGGCCUAGCGCCGCUUGACUUCGGAGUUCGGAUGGGAUCCGGUAUUUUCGACGCAGUAUGGCCGGCAACAAGGAUCAUCCGACAUACAUAUUCAUAA